CUGUAAGCCAGGUUGCAGAUAUGCACACACAAGAAAAUGCAGGGAAAUUUCCGGAAUUUUGGCGGCUUGCCAAUGAACUCAAAGCAGGUCUUUCCUGAAAGAGGGUGUGUCUGUUCCUGGUAUAUCUGUAUAAGAGGAAAGUAACUUUUACUGAGACGACAAGUCAGAGAUCACGUCUGCCCUACGAAAGACUGACGCUCCAGAACUCUUGUUGACAGACAGUAGACUUGCACACCAACACAAGAUUACAAAAAUGGCAUCAACUGCAGACAUGGAUGGGAAGGGAGAUGCACAGCACCCUGGAGCAGUGGCUGGGAUCUUCCUUGAGAGAACAAAAGAAAAGAUCUCAAUAUAUCAAGCACUGAAGAAACGCCUUCUGAAGCCAGGAACAGCUAUAGCCAUCUUAGAAGCUCAAGCUGCCACACAGGGAAUCAUAGACCCAAUCCACAACCGUAAAUUAUCAGUCAAUGAUGCUGUUAACGAGAAAUUAAUUGGGCCUGAGUUGAGAGAGAAACUUCUGGUGGCAGAGAGAGCUAUCAGUGGUUACACAGAUCCAUAUACCAACCAAACCAUCUCUGUAUUCCAAGCCAUACAAAAGGAUGUAGUUCCAAAGGACUACGGAUACAGGCUGCUUCAGGCACAGAUAAGCACCAAAUCCCUGUUUGACCCUGUUAAGAAAACACACAUAUCAGAGGAAUCAGCGAUUGAGCAGGGCUACUUUGAAAAGGGCUUGUUGUUUGGCCAAAUGGAAGAGCUCAGUGUGUUCUAUGACCCAGACUCCAGAGAAAAUCUCAACUACUCACAAUUAAUGGCAAAGUGCAUGGUAGCUCCUGACACUGGACUGCUGCUGCUCCCAAUCUGCAUUACCUUCAAGGGCCUGCGGAGGGCAGUGUCUUCCACCGAGCUUCUGGCAUCAAACAUCAUCAACAAAGAAAUGUACGAUGACUUGCAGAAAGGUAACACCACAACUCAGGAUGUGAUGCUGAUGGAGACUGUCAAGGAAUACCUGGAAGGUAAAGGAAGCAUCGCAGGUGUGGCCAUGCUCUCGUCCAAUCAAAAAAUGAGCAUUUAUCAAGCCAUGAAGAAGGGCAUCAUCAUGCCAGGAACAGCACUAAAUCUUCUCGAAGCACAGGCUGCCACUGGGUAUAUCAUUGAUCCGGUUGAAAACAAGAAGUUCAGCGUGGACGAGGCCAUCAAAAACAAAGUCAUAGGACCAGAGUAUCAUGCAAAGCUCCUAUCUGCUGAACAGGCAGUAACAGGAUACAAGGACCCCUACUCAGGUGAGACCAUAUCACUGUUUCAAGCACUGUCAAAGGACCUCAUUGUGAAGGAGCAUGGAAUUCGCUUACUUGAGGCCCAGAUUGCAACAGGGGGGAUAAUCGACCCUAUCAACAGUCACAGGCUUCCUGUGGACAUGGCCUAUAAGCGCGGCUUGUUUGAUGAAAACAUGAACGCAAUACUUGAAAACUCAGGUGAUGACACCAAAGGGUUUUUUGAUCCAAACACAAAGGAAAACCUGACCUACCUGCAACUUACAGAGCGUUGUGUCAUUGACCCUGCCACUGGUUUCUGCCUACUCCCUCUCUUGGAAAAAUCCAAAGGGCUGAAUCAUAACUUCAUUGACUAUCAAAGUAAAUUAUCUCUCAAAGAAGUGAAGGUGAAAGUGACAUGUGGAAAGUACAUGGGCAUGACUGUCUCUCUAUGGGAGCUGCUGAUGUCAGAAUACUUUGAAGAGCAUCAAAGGCAAGACAUUAUCCAGCAGUACAAACAGGGACAUCUGACAAUCCACACUAUCACUAAAAAGGUUCUUGUGGUCAUAGAGCACUCAGUAAACACAACCAAGGUCAUCUUUGAAGGCAUCAGGGAACCUGUCACAGCAGAGCAGCUAGUGGAAGCAGACAUCAUCAGUAAGAAGGACCUGGAGGACCUCACGAAGGGGAAGAAGACCGUGAAAGAAGUCACAGAUGAUGAAAAUGUGACCAUGUAUCUGAAAGGCAAAGACAGUAUCGCUGGUGUUCUGCUUCCUGACUCUCAGAUCAUGAACAUCUACCAAGCCAGACAGAAGGGCAAACUCAUGCCAGGCACAGCACUGAUUCUUCUAGAAGCUCAGGCAGCAACAGGAUUCAUCAUUGAUCCCAUCAGCAACAGAAGGCUCUCCGUAGAUGAGGCUGUGAAGGCCAAAACUGUGGGAGCUGACCUACAUGAGAAGCUGCGCUCAGCGGAGAAGGCAGUGACAGGAUACACAGAUCCAUACACUGGAAAAAAGAUAUCUCUGUUCCAAGCCAUGCAGAAAGACCUCAUUUUAAAAGACCAUGGAAUUCGUCUUCUUGAGGCACAAAUUGCCACUGGAGGCAUCAUCGACCCCGUUAACAGCCAUCGUAUUCCAGUCCAUGUAGCCUACAGUAAGGGAUAUUUUGAUGAAGAAAUGAAUGAGAUUCUUGCUGAUCCCAGUGAUGACACUAAAGGAUUCUUUGACCCCAACACUCAUGAGAACCUCACAUACCUGCAGCUUCUGGCGAGGUGCGUCACAGAUCCGAGCACAGGCAAGUGUCUCUUGCCCCUCAUUAGCAAAAGUAACAGAUUCACCGUACAGGAUCACAUCAAAGAAACACUGAAAGCCAAAACUCUCACCGUGAAGUUUGGCAGAUUCAGCGGAAAGAAUGCAACACUUUGGGAUCUCAUGAACUCUGAGUAUCUAAGUGAGGAGAAGAGGCAAGAGUUGUUCAAGCUCUACAAGUCAAGGAAGAUCACAGUCGAGCAAAUCAUUACCAUCACCUUGGAAAUUAUUGAAAACAAGGAGAUUGCUCGUCAAGCAAAGUUCAAUUUCACUGGACUCAGGGGAAAUGUCUCAAUUGCUGAUCUUCAGAAGUUAGGAAUUGUGGAUGAAAAAACAUACAAUAGCCUGAUAAAGGAAAUUCUGACAAAGGCUGACGUGAUGAAGAUGGAAAAUGUAAUAAAAUACUUGCAAGGAACAAGUUGUGUUGCAGGAGUAAUUCUCCAGCCCAGCAAUCAAAAACUGAGUAUCUAUGAGGCCAAGAAAAGGGGCAUUCUAACUCCUGGUACUGCCUUGUCUCUUUUGGAAGCCCAGGCUGCCACAGGGUACAUCAUUGAUCCUCUGCAAAACCAGCAACUGACAGUGGAGCAGGCCCUCAAUAAGCAGGUGUUCGGUCCAGAAUUGUAUGAGAAGCUUUUAUCAGCAGAAAAGGCAGUGACUGGUUACGUGGACCCGUACACUGGCAACAAGAUAUCCAUCUUCCAAGCAAUGAAAAAAGACCUGAUUCUCAAGCAGCAUGGAAUCCGUUUACUUGAGGCCCAGCUUGCCACAGGUGGCAUCAUUGACCCAGUGACAUGUCUUCACUUGCCCCUUGAAGUUGCAUACAGAAAAGGAUACUUUGAUGCAGAGCUAAAUAUGAUUCUGGCAGAUACAAGUGAUGACACCAAGGGCUUUUUUUACCCAGUAACACAAGAAAACCUGACAUACAUGGACAUGUUGGGGCGGUGCAUUCAGGAUUCAGAAACAGGACUUUUUCUCCUGAAACUGACAGACAAAACAACAUCUCAGAAGAAAACUGUGAAGAUGUACUCAGACGCAGAAAUAAAAAAGGAGCUUGAAAAGACAACAGUUAGCGUAUCAGUGGGUCGUUACUCAGGUCAGUCAGUCAACCUAUGGGACUUGAUUCAAUCUAAAUACUUCACAGAUGAUCAAAGACUUCAGUUCAUUGAAAAAUACAGAACAGGGAAAAUCACCACACUAGAAAUGACCACUCUGGUAAUGUCUACCAUCACAACACUGGAAAAGAAUCAAACUCAAAAAACAACAAUGGGUCUGAGAAAGCCUGUGUCUGCACAACAACUACUGGAUGCAAAAAUCAUUAAAAAGGAUGUUUUCAUUAGUCUGAAGGAAGGAAAAAUAACUCUUGAAGAGGUUAUCAAACAGGAAUCUGUGAGUAAGUUCUUGCAGGGUACAGGCAGUAUUGCUGGUGUCCUGAUUUAUCCAUCCAAAAAAGUACUGAGCAUAUAUGAGGCCUCUAAACAGAACUUGUUGGCUCCUGGUACUGCCCUGGUACUCCUCGAGGCUCAAGCUGCAACAGGGUUUGUUAUCGAUCCAGUCAAAAACAAACUCUACUCUGCUGAUGAUGCAGCUAAAGAAAACAUUGUUGGACCUGAGAUCCACGCACAUCUACUCUCAGCUGAGCGGGCUGUCACUGGUUACAUAGAUCCAUUCACAGAUUCAACAAUAUCCUUGUUUGAAGCGAUGCACAGAGACUUGGUUGUGAAAGGACAUGGAGUUCGUCUGCUUGAAGCCCAAAUAGCGACAGGAGGAAUAAUUGACCCAAUUUACAGCCUCAGAAUUCCAAUCCAUGUUGCUAAAACAAGAGGCUAUCUGGAUGAAGAAACAAGCCAAACACUGUCCAACCCCAAUGAUGACACCAAAGGAUUCUUUGACCCAAACACAAAGGAAAAUCUAACAUACCACGACUUGAAACAGAGGUGUGAAAAGGAUCCUCACACAGGGCUUCUUCUUCUGCCGCUGUAUGGAGAAGGUCAGACCUUCCACACAGAUCAGAAAACAGAGAUGAAGUUCAAAGAGAAAUCCGUGACCACGAAGGCUGGGAAAUUCAAAGGCAAAACUGUUACUCUGUGGGAGGUUUUACUGUCUGAAUAUAUUUCAAAACAAAAAAGAGAGCAGCUAAUACAACAAUACAACACAAAAGCACUAACAAUAGAAGAAAUAACUGAGAUAUUAACUUCAAUUAUAGAAGAGAUGACAUCCAAAGAAAAGAAGUUCAAAGGAUUGAGAAAGCAAGUAUCAGCAAGUGAACUUUAUGAAUCAAAAAUCAUCUCCAAAGAGGUCUUCAAACAGAUUAUCACAGGUGAAAUAACCAGAGAAGCUGUUGAUGAAAUGGAAACAAUCCAAAAGUACCUAGGGGCAACAAACUGCAUUGCAGGGGUGUAUAUUCAGUCAACCAAGCAGACCAUGAGCAUCUACGAGGCCAAGACCAAAGGUCUCCUGACCCCCGGUACCUCUCUGGUUCUUCUGGAGGCCCAGGCCGCCACCGGGUUCGUCAUCGACCCGGUGGAGAACCGGAAGCUCUCAGUGGAGGAGGCCGCUGCUCAGGGUGUGGUGGGGAACGAGUGGAAGAGCAAACUGCUGUCGGCAGAAAGGGCAGUGACCGGAUACAAAGAUCCCUACACGGGAAACACCAUCUCCUUGUUCCAGGCCUUGAAAAAGGACCUGAUCGUCAAGGACCACGGCAUCCGCCUCCUGGAGGCCCAGAUUGCCACUGGGGGCAUCAUCGAUCCAGUCCAUAGCCAUCGGGUGCCUGUAGAGGUGGCCUACCAGAGAGGAUACUUUGAUGAGGAAAUGAACGAGAUCCUGUCUGACCCUGACGACGACACCAAGGGCUUCUUUGACCCCAACACCCAAGAGAAUCUCACAUACCUACAGUUAGUGGACAGGUGUGUGAGAGAUCCCAGCACAGGCCUCAGCUUGCUGGUCAUCGUCAAGAAGGGAGAGGUUUACUUCUUCAUCGACGAGCAAACCAAGCUCAUCUUCAAAUCCACAACAACGACCAAAGCAGGGGGGAAGUUCCAAGGCCAGACUGUGUCUCUGUGGGAUCAACUCUACUCCAAAUACAUCACUGAGGAGAAGAGGAGAGAACUGGUGCAGCAGUACAAGGCAGGGACAAUCACUAUCGAACGCUUCAUGGAGAUGAUAAUAACCAUCAUUCAACAGCAAACAUCCACCACCUCCACCACAAUCACCACAACAACCACACAGACAUCUGAGAACAAGAGCUUCCACGGAAUCAGGAAGGACGUCACGGCGGACCAACUGCGCGUCUCUAAAAUCAUCGACGAGAAAAUCUACAACGACCUCAGUGCUGGUAAGGUCACAGUGAGCGAGGUGAGCGAGAUGGACUCGGUGCGCCAGUACUUGAAGGGCACCAACAGCAUUGCAGGGGUGUACGUUCAGUCCACUAAGCAGACCAUGAGCAUCUACGAGGCCAAGACCAAAGGUCUCCUGACCCCCGGUACCUCUCUGGUUCUUCUGGAAGCCCAGGCCGCCACCGGGUUCAUCAUCGACCCAGUGAAGAACAGGAAGCUCUCAGUGGAGGAGGCCGCUGCUCAGGGUGUGGUGGGGAACGAGUGGAAGAGCAAACUGCUGUCGGCAGAAAGGGCAGUGACCGGAUACAAAGAUCCCUACACUGAAAACACCAUCUCCUUGUUCCAGGCCCUGAAAAAGGACCUGAUCGUCAAGGACCACGGCAUCCGCCUCCUGGAGGCCCAGAUUGCCACUGGGGGCAUCAUCGAUCCAGUCCAUAGCCAUCGGGUGCCUGUAGAGGUGGCCUACCAGAGAGGAUACUUUGAUGAGGAAAUGAACGAGAUCCUGUCUGACCCUGACGACGACACCAAGGGCUUCUUUGACCCCAACACCCAAGAGAAUCUCACAUACCUACAGUUAGUGGACAGGUGUGUGAGAGAUCCCAGCACAGGCCUCAGCUUGCUGGUCAUCGUCAAGAAGGGAGAGGUUUACUUCUUCAUCGACGAGCAAACCAAGCUCAUCUUCAAAUCCACAACAACGACCAAAGCAGGGGGGAAGUUCCAAGGCCAGACUGUGUCUCUGUGGGAUCAACUCUACUCCAAAUACAUCACUGAGGAGAAGAGGAGAGAACUGGUGCAGCAGUACAAGGCAGGGACAAUCACUAUCGAACGCUUCAUGGAGAUGAUAAUAACCAUCAUUCAACAGCAAACAUCCACCACCUCCACCACAAUCACCACAACAACCACACAGACAUCUGAGAACAAGAGCUUCCACGGAAUCAGGAAGGACGUCACGGCGGACCAACUGCGCGUCUCUAAAAUCAUCGACGAGAAAAUCUACAACGACCUCAGUGCUGGUAAGGUCACAGUGAGCGAGGUGAGCGAGAUGGACUCGGUGCGCCAGUACUUGAAGGGCACCAACAGCAUUGCAGGGGUGUACGUUCAGUCCACUAAGCAGACCAUGAGCAUCUACGAGGCCAAGACCAAAGGUCUCCUGACCCCCGGUACCUCUCUGGUUCUUCUGGAAGCCCAGGCCGCCACCGGGUUCAUCAUCGACCCAGUGAAGAACAGGAAGCUCUCAGUGGAGGAGGCCGCUGCUCAGGGUGUGGUGGGGAACGAGUGGAAGAGCAAACUGCUGUCGGCAGAAAGGGCAGUGACCGGAUACAAAGAUCCCUACACGGAAAACACCAUCUCCUUGUUCCAGGCCCUGAAAAAGGACCUGAUCGUCAAGGACCACGGCAUCCGCCUCCUGGAGGCCCAGAUUGCCACUGGGGGCAUCAUCGAUCCAGUCCAUAGCCAUCGGGUGCCUGUAGAGGUGGCCUACCAGAGAGGAUACUUUGAUGAGGAAAUGAACGAGAUCCUGUCUGACCCUGACGACGACACCAAGGGCUUCUUUGACCCCAACACCCAAGAGAAUCUCACAUACCUACAGUUAGUGGACAGGUGUGUGAGAGAUCCCAGCACAGGCCUCAGCUUGCUGGUCAUCGUCAAGAAGGGAGAGGUUUACUUCUUCAUCGACGAGCAAACCAAGCUCAUCUUCAAAUCCACAACAACGACCAAAGCAGGGGGGAAGUUCCAAGGCCAGACUGUGUCUCUGUGGGAUCAACUCUACUCCAAAUACAUCACUGAGGAGAAGAGGAGAGAACUGGUGCAGCAGUACAAGGCAGGGACAAUCACUAUCGAACGCUUCAUGGAGAUGAUAAUAACCAUCAUUCAACAGCAAACAUCCACCGCCUCCACCACAAUCACCACAACAACCACACAGACAUCUGAGAACAAGAGCUUCCACGGAAUCAGGAAGGACGUCACGGCGGACCAACUGCGCGUCUCUAAAAUCAUCGACGAGAAAAUCUACAACGACCUCAGUGCUGGUAAGGUCACAGUGAGCGAGGUGAGCGAGAUGGACUCGGUGCGCCAGUACUUGAAGGGCACCAACAGCAUUGCAGGGGUGUACGUUCAGUCCACUAAGCAGACCAUGAGCAUCUACGAGGCCAAGACCAAAGGUCUCCUGACCCCCGGUACCUCUCUGGUUCUUCUGGAAGCCCAGGCCGCCACCGGGUUCAUCAUCGACCCAGUGAAGAACAGGAAGCUCUCAGUGGAGGAGGCCGCUGCUCAGGGUGUGGUGGGGAACGAGUGGAAGAGCAAACUGCUGUCGGCAGAAAGGGCAGUGACCGGAUACAAAGAUCCCUACACGGAAAACACCAUCUCCUUGUUCCAGGCCCUGAAAAAGGACCUGAUCGUCAAGGACCACGGCAUCCGCCUCCUGGAGGCCCAGAUUGCCACUGGGGGCAUCAUCGAUCCAGUCCAUAGCCAUCGGGUGCCUGUAGAGGUGGCCUACCAGAGAGGAUACUUUGAUAAGGAAAUGAACGAGAUCCUGUCUGACCCUGACGACGACACCAAGGGCUUCUUUGACCCCAACACCCAAGAGAAUCUCACAUACCUACAGUUAGUGGACAGGUGUGUGAGAGAUCCCAGCACAGGCCUCAGCUUGCUGGUCAUCGUCAAGAAGGGAGAGGUUUACUUCUUCAUCGACGAGCAAACCAAGCUCAUCUUCAAAUCCACAACAACGACCAAAGCAGGGGGGAAGUUCCAAGGCCAGACUGUGUCUCUGUGGGAUCAACUCUACUCCAAAUACAUCACUGAGGAGAAGAGGAGAGAACUGGUGCAGCAGUACAAGGCAGGGACAAUCACUAUCGAACGCUUCAUGGAGAUGAUAAUAACCAUCAUUCAACAGCAAACAUCCACCACCUCCACCACAAUCACCACAACAACCACACAGACAUCUGAGAACAAGAGCUUCCACGGAAUCAGGAAGGACGUCACGGCGGACCAACUGCGCGUCUCUAAAAUCAUCGACGAGAAAAUCUACAACGACCUCAGUGCUGGUAAGGUCACAGUGAGCGAGGUGAGCGAGAUGGACUCGGUGCGCCAGUACUUGAAGGGCACCAACAGCAUUGCAGGGGUGUACGUUCAGUCCACUAAGCAGACCAUGAGCAUCUACGAGGCCAAGACCAAAGGUCUCCUGACCCCCGGUACCUCUCUGGUUCUUCUGGAAGCCCAGGCCGCCACCGGGUUCAUCAUCGACCCAGUGAAGAACAGGAAGCUCUCAGUGGAGGAGGCCGCUGCUCAGGGUGUGGUGGGGAACGAGUGGAAGAGCAAACUGCUGUCGGCAGAAAGGGCAGUGACCGGAUACAAAGAUCCCUACACGGAAAACACCAUCUCCUUGUUCCAGGCCCUGAAAAAGGACCUGAUCGUCAAGGACCACGGCAUCCGCCUCCUGGAGGCCCAGAUUGCCACUGGGGGCAUCAUCGAUCCAGUCCAUAGCCAUCGGGUGCCUGUAGAGGUGGCCUACCAGAGAGGAUACUUUGAUGAGGAAAUGAACGAGAUCCUGUCUGACCCUGACGACGACACCAAGGGCUUCUUUGACCCCAACACCCAAGAGAAUCUCACAUACCUACAGUUAGUGGACAGGUGUGUGAGAGAUCCCAGCACAGGCCUCAGCUUGCUGGUCAUCGUCAAGAAGGGAGAGGUUUACUUCUUCAUCGACGAGCAAACCAAGCUCAUCUUCAAAUCCACAACAACGACCAAAGCAGGGGGGAAGUUCCAAGGCCAGACUGUGUCUCUGUGGGAUCAACUCUACUCCAAAUACAUCACUGAGGAGAAGAGGAGAGAACUGGUGCAGCAGUACAAGGCAGGGACAAUCACUAUCGAACGCUUCAUGGAGAUGAUAAUAACCAUCAUUCAACAGCAAACAUCCACCGCCUCCACCACAAUCACCACAACAACCACACAGACAUCUGAGAACAAGAGCUUCCACGGAAUCAGGAAGGACGUCACGGCGGACCAACUGCGCGUCUCUAAAAUCAUCGACGAGAAAAUCUACAACGACCUCAGUGCUGGUAAGGUCACAGUGAGCGAGGUGAGCGAGAUGGACUCGGUGCGCCAGUACUUGAAGGGCACCAACAGCAUUGCAGGGGUGUACGUUCAGUCCACUAAGCAGACCAUGAGCAUCUACGAGGCCAAGACCAAAGGUCUCCUGACCCCCGGUACCUCUCUGGUUCUUCUGGAAGCCCAGGCCGCCACCGGGUUCAUCAUCGACCCAGUGAAGAACAGGAAGCUCUCAGUGGAGGAGGCCGCUGCUCAGGGUGUGGUGGGGAACGAGUGGAAGAGCAAACUGCUGUCGGCAGAAAGGGCAGUGACCGGAUACAAAGAUCCCUACACGGAAAACACCAUCUCCUUGUUCCAGGCCCUGAAAAAGGACCUGAUCGUCAAGGACCACGGCAUCCGCCUCCUGGAGGCCCAGAUUGCCACUGGGGGCAUCAUCGAUCCAGUCCAUAGCCAUCGGGUGCCUGUAGAGGUGGCCUACCAGAGAGGAUACUUUGAUGAGGAAAUGAACGAGAUCCUGUCUGACCCUGACGACGACACCAAGGGCUUCUUUGACCCCAACACCCAAGAGAAUCUCACAUACCUACAGUUAGUGGACAGGUGUGUGAGAGAUCCCAGCACAGGCCUCAGCUUGCUCUCUCUAAAGAAAUAAGCAACCAGCCAACAACACUAAUUACCCUGUUUACUAUGAUAAUUAAUUUCUACAAAUGUUUAUAUAUAUAAAUGGAUUAUUUCCCUUUGACAUAUAUGGUAAAAAAAUUGUUAGAGCUUAAUGUUUAAAGGUUUCUUUAAAGAAACUACCCCCCACAUUGACUAGAUAUUUUGGUGAAACCAAAUAUGUUACCAUUAACAUAAUGAUGAUCAUAUAUUUAUUUUUAAUCUACCUGACCUUUUUGAAAUAUUUCUCCUGUCAACAAGUGAGGGUAAGACAAAAUACACCUCUACGACAGACUCACCAAAUCACCCGUUCACCACGCUUGUUCUACAACUAUAAUGGACUGUCAACAUUUGCUAACCUGUUAGGGCAUAUCAUCUACAUUAGCCCUUAUAAAGUGGUCUCUCUGCUUAGCCCAAAUAUAUUACAUUAGAACUGUAUUGUAUAUUAACAACUCAAUGCAGUCACUGCCUAGAUCAUGAGUAAACUGUAUUUUACACUGUUUUUAAAUUUGUCAAUAAAAAAUGCAACAUCUGAA